AGAUUAGAGAGCUGUACGUUACCUAAUGGUCAAUUUUUGAAGAUUUUAUCAUUUUUGUAUGUAGAAUUAUUUUUUUCUACAAAUCCAUACAUUUCAAAAUCAUUUUUUAAAAGUACCAUGAAUAAUUCAAUUGAUAGUAAAUUGUUACCUACAUAUGAAGAAUUGCUUAAACAAGGAUAUACAGACAGGUUGAAUACAUUAAGCUUAAGAUUUAUCGAAGGUCCCAAAGAUGAUUUAUCAAAACUCCCUUUUGAUUUACGUUGCGGGACUAUAUUAUUUAGCCAAGAUCCUAGAGUUCAAGAGGUAUAUGAUUCAGGCAAUGAGUUUCGUCUUAUAACCUUCAAUUUGUCAACUGAACGUCUCGUAUCGCUAAACGAAAAUCUAACCAAUUUAAAGCUACAAGUCCAUGAUGCAGAAAAAAAUUGUAUGCAUCUAAAUUCUACAGAUAAUGACCCUAUCAACAAAAUAGUCGGUUAUAACGAUGACACAAUUUCGCGAGUUAAUAACACGAUGUCUGCAAUUGUUAAUCAAGUUUUCCAAUUAAAUCAUCUGCUAACUCGAGAAAAAAAAAAAUUGAAUACGGGUGUUAAAAAGUUGCAACACUGGGUUGCUAGUCAAGCGAUUCAAUCUGCGGAGCAUGAAAGAUAUUUGAAUCGCUGCAACGUUUUAUCUAAUUUUAAUUCCAAUUUUCACCUUGCAUCUCUUUAUAUACGAAAUCGAGAACCACGUUUGUUUCAUAGUAUUUUACGUUCGGGAGAAACAAUUCAACUGAAAAAACCGUCUGUAUGGCCGCCAAAAAAUUUUUCUAAAUUUUUUGGUGAACCGAUUAAACGUUUUUACAAACCAUGGAAUUUUCAUGAAGCUAUUCAAAUUGCAGUGAAUGCUAUUCCUUAUAUAUGUGAAUCUCCAAGUUUAACUAAUUUAAGUCAAAUGGAAAAGUGUACAAGUCAUCUGGCGGCCCUACAAAAUGAGCUGGAAAAAUCUCAUGACGAAUGUCACGAUCAUUUAAAACAUAAAUAUCAUAUUCUAGUAGAGAAAAUAAGAAAAUCAAUAGUCAUGCAAAGUUAUAUUUUAAAUCAAUGCCAACAUAUACGAAACGAGGAAAUCUCCGUUUAUAACACUUUUCCUUUCUUAACAUCGGCUUACGAAGUCUGUUUAUUAAAUUUGUUAGGGCAAGGAGCUUUUGCUGAAGUAUGGAAGUGUUUUGAUACAAAAACAUUUCAAGUGCAAGCAAUUAAAAUAAUAAAUAUAGAUAUGAAAUCAAGUGCUCAAGAUAAAAAUUUCAUUUUAUUAUCAACUUAUCAAGAAGCUACCUUACAAAAAAAUUUAAAACAUCCUCAUGUCGUUGAAAUGCAAAGAUGUUUUGAUGUGUCUCAAACAACGUUUGUUUUUAUUUUAGAUUUAUGCAACGGAGGAACAUUAUAUGAUUACCUUCAAAAAAACGGUCCUUUAACGGAAAACCUAGCUAAACAAUGGAUGUAUCAAUUACUAUUGGGUUUACAUUAUAUUCAUAAAAAUGCUUACGUUGUUCAUUUUGAUAUAAAACCUUCUAAUAUUUUGCUUCACAAUAAUCAAAUUAAAAUUUCCGACUUUGGUCUUCAUCACAGUAUGAAUGACGGUGGACUCGCUAAAUUAAAUAUGGAAAAAAGUGUCAAUUUUAUAGGGACACUGUGGUAUAUGCCUCCUGAGCAUCUUUAUGCUGUAUUUACAAAAAGCGAAAGUCGUUUUGAUGGUCGUUUUGAUGUGUGGUCCGCUGGUAUUGUUUUUUUCGAAAUGCUUUAUCAACGAAGACCUUUUUCCAAUAUACUCCGUUCUUUCAAUGACGGGUUUGUUGAACGUGCAAUGUCUCUAUAUAUUGAUAUGGUACACGGAGGACUCUAUUUUAAUGACUAUACAAACAGUGUAUCAAAUCAGUGCAAAAUGUUUCUCAACGACAUAUUUCAGCCAAUGAAUUCCCGACUAACCGCCUACGAAGCACUUCACCACUCAUACUUUGCUGAUAUGCCACCUAUACAAAGAGUAAAAAGCUACGAAUUUCUUUCGAGUUAGUUUUUUUUCCCAAAAAAAAAUUGCCUAAUAAUUCUACCAUUUCUAAAAUAAAGAAUUUUCUUUUUUUUUUUUUAAUUUAUGAAACCAAAGAUUUAAAAGAAAAAUAUAUAAAAUGUUUAUACGUCUCCAAAAUAAAUAAAGCCAAAUGCAUUUUGACCACAUUUAGAU